AACAACUUCCGGUUAUAUGACAGUCUACACAGAUCAGAAAGCGAACAGUAAAGGUGUAAUUUUCACGGCAUGAUGUGAGUGAGUGAAACUACCACACAGGAAUGGUUGGGUUACACGUGUGAGUGUCAACUGUCCUUUGGGAUGUUUGGACUUCACGGUUUGACGAGGCCCCAGCGCCUUGUCCUAGGAAUUGUGGUUCUACUCAUUGUAGAUCUCAUCUGGGUGGCAUCUGCAGAACUCACAGAGUACCUGUUCAAGAAGAAAAACUUCAAUAAGCCAUUUUUUACAACUUAUUCCAAGACAAGCAUGUUCGUGUUGUAUCUAGUAGGCUUCAUCAUAUGGGAACCAUGGAGAUAUCAGUGUAAAUAUGGCAACGUGAAAGCUAACUCAACACCCACAACAGACACUGGCAGUGCCGGGAACUCAGAUGCUGACACAUUGAGUGAACCUGUCUUCAUUCCAAUUAAAUUUGAUGACAAAGCCAGUGGGACAGAAUCUGAUGAUUCUGCUGCUAAUCAUUCCCUCAACAGAUCAGUGAGAUUUAGCAAAGUCUCUGAAGUCCGACAGCUAUCAGAGACAUAUGCUGAGGAAGCUGUCAUCGCCCGACUCUCAUAUUCCGCCUCCCUGCGGGCAGAGGAAGCAAGAUUACGAGCCAUGAGUAAACUCACGAUAAAGCAGGUGGCUAAAAUGGCCUUCCUCUUCUGUCUGAUGUGGUUCUUUGGUAACUAUGCCUACCAGCUUGCCUUGUUGGAUACAGAAGCUGGAGUGGUGAAUGUUUUGUCCUCUACCUCCGGUCUCUUUACUCUUGUGUGUGCAGCCAUCUAUCCAAGUUCUGGGGCUGACAGAUUUACAUUAUCAAAACUAGUGACAGUACUUAUAAGCAUUGGGGGUAUAGUGAUGGUGAGUUUAUCUGACAUGUCCCUAGAGGCCGAUAUACCCGUGGGAGCCCUCUGGGCACUUUGUGGUGCGAUGCUGUAUGCACUUUAUCUCGUUUCCUUGAGACGCCGUGUUGACCAUGAGGAUAAACUUGACAUUCCGAUGUUCUUUGGGUUUGUAGGUCUGUUCUGCAUGCUGCUACUGUGGCCUGGGUUCUUUAUGUUACACUAUAGUGGUUCGGAGGACUUUGAGUGGCCAGAUGGGGAGCAAUGGUUAUACAUAGCAUUAAAUGGAAUAAUUGGGACCGUGCUGUCCGAAUUUUUAUGGUUAUGGGGCUGUUUUUUAACAUCAUCGCUGAUUGGUACGUUAUCGCUAAGUCUUACCAUACCACUCACAAUGAUGGCUGACAUUGUUAUAAAAGAGGUGAGCUACACGUGGAUGUUCUAUGUCGGUACGAUACCUGUAUUUGUGUCAUUCUUUGGCGUGACUUUCUUAACACAUUAUGAGAACUGGGAUCCAGUGUUGAUAGGAUUUAAGAAAAUUCUACACUGUAUUUGUCGUCGACGACCUGUUUUACCAAGAGUGCGUGACAUGGAUCGGGAACAAACAGAAAGUCUUAUCGAUGUUGGUUCUCACUAGUGACGUCAACUGCUCUCAUUGGUCAACUGUUUCAACUUUAAUUAUCCAAUCAUAAAAAAGCCAAAUGUUCAAAUUCAACAGGCAGAAAUACAUUGUAUUUUGCCCACAUUAGCUGAGAGAGAUUCUUUUUGCAAAUUGGAUUGAUUUGAAUCAUGCCAGAUUUCUUUUUGUCAUUGUAGACCAUUUGAAUUUCACCUUAAUAUUUCAAUAUCAACAUCCACAUGGUUCUUAUAUACCCAACAACAAUUUUUAUUUUCAGUUUUAUAACAACACCCAUACAUUUUCAACAUUUUUGACCCGAGUACAUUCAUUUGGCAGUGUUUUUAUAUGAAAACAGAUUCUUGGUGUCGCCUAAUUUCAUUAUGGACUAGGCAUUUAUCACCAAUCAAAAGAAAUCUGUCAGUGUCUUCUUACACACGACAAAACAUUUCUGCUGUUACAUGGAGUAACUUUCUAAAGAGUUAAUAGCUAAAGUAGUAAUAUGAUUUACCUGUAACAAUUGUGUUUUAAGAACUAAGAUCUUGACUGUUGAUGAUGAAAAUGGGAAUUUUAUCCUUUGUAUAGGGAAAGAGUUGAUGUCUACAACUUAAAUAAUUGAGUCUUUGUGAUAGAGUUAGUUUAUUUUCAAAAUUUUUCCAAAUUUUGAGGUUUUAUUUUUUAGUGAAAAUGAUUAAAUGGAGCAAUGAAUAAAGCUAUAAACCUUUUUGUAAAAAUUCUUGCCAUAUGCAAUAAAAUAUGUAUACACAUGCUUACGUACAUGUACAUACAUGUUUUACUGGAUGAUAAUUAGCUUCCAUACAAUCUGAUUCAGUGGAGUGGGAAAAGAGGAUCUUGCAUGAGUGGCUAUGUCAUACAGAAUUUAUUGAUGUGGUAUUGUUAGAACACUCAUAAAAUGCUAUCUCCAUAUAAAAAGAUUUCAAAACGAAAUUGAAUGUCAGACAUACAUAAUAAUAAAAAUGUAUGUUUGAGUACAGCUUGUUAGAGUAACCAGUGCUCCCCCCCACCCCACCCCAUGAGAGAGAGCUGAUACAUAUUAGAUGAAAACAGGAGGCAUAUAUUGGGCUGGGACACCAGGAAUCAGGGAGUUGUGUGAUGAUAUAUAUAGGGGAGAUAACUCUCAUUUACAUGAUAGAAAGAAUUGCACCAUAUUAAUGUGUUGUCACAGUGUUAUUUUUAUUUCCAUUCUAAGGUCAGGUUUUAAUUCUUCCAUAAUGUGAUAUUUAUCAUAAUCUAUCAGAAAGGAUAAGUUAAAUUUCACAUUUUGGUGAAAUGAAGAUGUCCCUAAAACCAAGAUUCUUCCUUGUAAGUGAAGUUUUUCAACUAAAACAGGAUUCUUUCUUUAACCACUCAACAUUUACAGAGAAUCAUGGCAUUUUCAGCUCAACAUCAUCAGAUAAGUAGUGGGCUGUUCAAAUUGCCUUACACCCUUAAACAAUUCUUAUUAUCACUAUCUCUUGAGAAGCACUGAAGGCAUAUUUCUCUAUUUUCACAUGCAAGUUCCCCUUGCUCUCUAGUUGUGCCCAUUCAAUUUUGAGUCUGAUCGGAGAAAAAAUGGUCAACAGGCAGCCAUCUUGAAUUUUGAAAGUUGAAAUUUUUUAUUGAUACAUUUCAGAAAGUUUAGAUCUUUUAAGCCUUCAUACGCGUAUAUAUAAUUAUAUAGCUUCGCUGUGUUAAAGGAGAAAAGAUAAGUUUUCAAAGGACUGAUGAAGAUCAUUAAAUGAUGAGCACCCCAGUAAUCGCUUGUUUUGAAAAUUUGAUGUCUUCUCCUUGAAGUCUAGAUAUCCAGAAAAUUAGCAUAGAAAUUAAAGGCAUAGUAUUCCUGUAUUACUACAAAGCAAAUAGUGGUGCAAAAUCACUCAUGUCAAUUAUCAUGACACUCAUGUCAAUUAUCAUGACACUCAUGUCAAUUAUCAUGAUAAUCGGUUAUUAUUUCCUGACCGUGUUGUAUCCCCUUACAAAUAAAUGAGUUCGUAAUUAAUGAUUUGAUAUGGUAUGAGCCUAAAGGCAUUUAUGAAAUAAUUAUUUUACGUGUUUAAUAAAUUCCAUUUAAAGAGUGCUGCUCCAGUAAAUUAUAUUCUACGAAACUCCAGAAAUAUAGUAAUUUAUUACAUUUAUUACAUAGUGUCAAAGGAGAAAAUGUAUCUGAUCAACACAUGUAUAUGGUAUUGUUUUAGAUAAAUCACUUUUGAUGUGUAGGUGGUGCCUGCUCGACAAAAUUAGAUAUUUCACUGAUUCAUUAGUAGCUCUGACAUAGUUAUGUAGCAAAAUAUGGCUAAAUACUUUGUCAAAUAAGUAAAUGUAUUUGUGAUAUGUGGGGCUGUCACAUUUUUAAGCCCCCAUGGGAAUAAGAAUUGGUGGGAGGGACAUUUUGUCUGUCUGUCCUUCUGGGCUCUAAUUCUCUGUCUCUUACAUUGCUGAUUAACCGUGGAGCUUUACACUUGAGGUAUUGAUUACCUUAGGUGAGGUGACAUUGAUUACCUUAGGUGAGGAGAUAUUGAUUACCUUAGGUGAGGAGGUAUUGAUUACCUUAGGUGAGGUGGCAUUGAUUACCUUAGGUGAGGUGGCAUUGAUUACCUUAGGUGAGGAGAUAUUGAUUACCUUAGGUGAGGAGACAUUGAUUACCUUAGGUGAGGAGAUAUUAAUUACCUUAGGUGAGGAGGUAUUGAUUACCUUAGGUGAGGUGGCAUUGAUUACCUUAGGUGAGGAGACAUUGAUUACCUUAGGUGAGGAGAUAUUAAUUACCUUAGGUGAGGUGACAUUGAUUACCUUAGGUGAGGAGACAUUGAUUACCUUAGGUGAGGAGAUAUUAAUUACCUUAGGUGAGGAGGUAUUGAUUACCUUAGGUGAGGUGGCAUUGAUUACCUUAGGUGAGGAGACAUUGAUUACCUUAGGUGAGGAGAUAUUAAUUACCUUAGGUGAGGUGACAUUGAUUACCUUAGGUGAGGAGACAUUGAUUACCUUAGGUGAGGUGACAUUGAUUACCUUAGGUGAGGAGAUAUUGAUUACCUUAGGUGAGGUGACAUUGAUUACCUUAGGUGAGGAGAUAUUAAUUACCUUAGGUGAGGUGACAUUGAUUACCUUAGGUGAGGUGACAUUGAUUACCUUAGGUGAGGUGGCAUUGAUUACCUUAGGUGAGGAGACAUUGAUUACCUUAGGUGAGGAGAUAUUAAUUACCUUAGGUGAGGUGACAUUGAUUACCUUAGGUGAGGAGACAUUGAUUACCUUAGGUGAGGUGACAUUGAUUACCUUAGGUGAGGUGACAUUGAUUACCUUAGGUGAGGUGACAUUGAUUACC